UCAACCGCUUUUCCUGCGAUCCAUUCGACAUCAACUUUCACUCACACCUUUUUCUUCGCUCCCCACAGCAAUCAUGGUUAAACGCAAGAGACAAGAAACGGCCAAGGCCGCUUCGACUCAGCCGUCCAAAACAAUCAAACCGACCACCCCCAAGCCUGCCCCGACGCCCAAGCCGACCGUCGAUGAUCCGGCCGUCACCUUGCAGAUCGUCACCGGGUCCUACGAAUCGGUGCUACACGGCUUCACAGCGGCCGUCUCUCCAUCGUCGUUCGAUUCGAAGUCGACCGACAAGAAACAGAAAGACGAAACCCCCACCACCGACCCAUCCCUCGUCCAGUUCUCCGACACCUUCCUCUUCGAAGCCCACGCCUCCGCCAUCCGAUGUCUCGCCCUCUCGCCGAUGCCAUCUGCAUCGGAGUCGGGCAGCGAAGCCCAGAAGAUCACUCUGGCGAGCGGUAGCUCCGACGAGCGAGUCAACCUGUACUCAUUGUCCGCGCAUGCGCCGGCCGCGGGCGAGGACUUCCCGUCGCUCCCGUCGCUGUCGGGCCAGCAGAUCCUCGAGAACCCCAAGAACAAAGAGCUGGGCACGCUGCUGCACCACGAUGCCAGCGUCUCGUCGCUGAGCUUCCCGUCGCGCUCGAAGCUGCUCGCCGGCUCGGACGAUAACUCCAUCUCCGUUACGAAGACCCGCGACUGGACUGUGGUCUCUACGAUCAAGGCUCCCCGGCCGAAGAUGCAGGGCCGGCCUAGCGGUGAUACGGCGCCGCCCGGGGGUUCCCCGACUGGUGUGAAUGACUUUGCGGUGCAUCCGAGUAUGAAGGUUAUGUUGAGUGUCGGGAAGGGGGAGAAGUGUAUGCGAUUGUGGAAUUUGGUUACGGGGAAGAAGGCGGGUGUAUUGAACUUUACCCGCGAGAUGCUAAUGGGGGUGAAGGAGGGCAAGUGGAGUACUGGGGAGGGCCGGAAGAUUAUCUGGAAUUCGAAGGGCGAGGAAUUUGCUGUCGCGUUUGAGUGGGGCGCUGUGGUUUUUGGAAUUGACUCCACCCCCAUCUGCAGAGUGUUGCCGAGCCCCCGGAGCAAGCUGCACGAGAUGAAGUAUGUUUCCGUGGACCCCUCCUCCGAGGACAGCGAAGAGCUACUCGCCGUGUCGACCGAAGACGGCCGCAUCGGGUUCUACUCGACCCAGAAGACUCGCAAAUCCGACGACGAGGCCGAGUGCCCGAUCCCGUACGCGGAGGCGGUCGCCCAGCUCGGUGGAAAGCCGUGCGGUCUCCCCGGGCGCGUGAAGGAUUUUGAGAUCAUGAACUUGAAGAACGAGCCGGCUGUCGGGAAGAACGACUUCCUGGUGGUCACCGGCGGUAGCGAAGGACUGGUCCGGGUGUGGUUGCUGCGUGGAAAGGAACUCGUCGGAGAGAAAUCCAAGCCGUCCGGUGAAUCGGCGACUCCGGUCCGUCAGGUCGGCCGGCUCCUGAACGCAUACGAGACGGGUCACCGCAUCACCUGUCUCAAGGCGUUCGUGAUGCUGCCCCCGUCCGCGGCGGAGGAAGAGCAGGAUGAGGAGCUGGAUUCGGAGGAGGAUAGUGACUCGGACAGCGAGGCGAGCGAUUCGGAGGCGUGAUUGAUGUCUAUAUUCCUGUAUACCCUGAGAGACCUGAGUAACAAUAGAACC